AUGCUUUCUUUUUGCCUUUCUUUUCUUUCUUUUCUUUUUGGCAGUAGGUUAAUUUCUUAUGCUUUCUUUUGCCUUUCUUUUCUUUCUAUUCUCUUGGCAGUAAGGUUAAUUUCUUAUGCUUUCUUUUGCCUUUCUUUUCUUUUGGCAGUAAGGUUAAUUUCUUAUGCUUUCUUUUGCCUUUCUUUUCUUUCUUUUCUUUUGGCAGUAAGGUUAAUUUCUUAUGCUUUCUUUUGCCUUUCUUUUCUUUCUAUUCUCUUGGCAGUAAGGUUAAUUUCUUAUGCUUUCUUUUGCCUUUCUUUUCUUUUUGCACAUGUGACAACACAAAUGACACAGGCAUGUAAAUGCCACGGAAUGUCAGGGAGUUGCCAAAUACAGACAUGUUGGAUGAAACUUCCCAGCUUCCGACGAGUAGGGGACCUUCUGAAGGAUCGUUUUGAUGGAGCGUCCCGAGUACUACCAGGCAACGCAGGAAGUGAUCGACGUCGGCGGCGGAAGUUCACAUUCACACCAUAUGAUCCAAACCAUAAAGCUCCUAGCAAAAAAGACCUAGCACUGUUGGACGAGAAUGCAACGACACUUCUUUGGGCUUGGAAGGCUGCGACCUCAUGUGCUGCGGCCGGGGUCAUAAAACCCAGACCUACAUGGUUGUCGAACGUUGCAACUGCACAUUUCGUUGGUGUUGCGAAGUGA